GCCAUCAUCAAUUUUGAACGCCUGUUUUGGACCACGACCAGCUUCCAGCAGCUUCUAGCACGCGAUGUCCCAUAGCGAAGUUCAGUAUCUGUCGUAUUAUUGCUGUUUGCGUUGAUUUUGAUCCUCCUCCGUUCUACCAUGUUCCGCAAAAUUGGCUUGAGUGGUUUGACCCCUGCUAAGCAGUGUGUCCGAGGUUUGGCAAAGGACCUCAGAUUUGGUAACGAUGCCAGGUCUGAGAUGCUCAAGGGUGUAAAUAAGCUAGCUGAUGCAGUAUCAGUCACUCUUGGACCCAAGGGUCGCAAUGUUAUCAUCGAACAGUCAUUCGGUGGCCCCAAAAUCACAAAAGAUGGAGUAACCGUUGCAAAAGCUAUCGACUUGGAAUGUAAACUUCAGAACACUGGAGCUCGAUUAGUACAGGAUGUAGCAAACAACACAAAUGAACAAGCUGGAGAUGGAACCACUACCGCCACCAUCCUAGCCCGCUCCAUUGCCACUGAUGGAUUUGCUGCUGUCUCCAAAGGAGCAAACCCAACCCAAGUGCGAAAAGGAAUCAUGAUUGCUGUGGAUACCGUCGUUGAAGAACUCAAGAACAUGUCCAAACCUGUGAGCGAGGCUGCAGAGAUUGCCCAGGUAGCCACAAUCUCAGCAAACGGUGACAGCGAAGUCGGGGAACUUAUCGCCAAAGCAAUCGCUCGGGUCGGCAAGAACGGUGUUGUAACUGUCAAGGAUGGGAAAACUCUUAAUGAUGAGCUUGAGGUUAUUGAAGGAAUGAAGUUUGACAGAGGAUACAUUUCUCCAUACUUCAUCAACUCUACCAAAGGACAGAAGGUCGAAUACCAGGACUGCCUCGUCCUUGCCACCCAGAAGAAGAUCAGUGCUGUACAAAGCAUCGUGCCUGCUCUGGAGAUGGCACAUCAACUUAGGAAACCUCUCCUGGUCAUUGCUGAGGAUGUUGAGAGUGAACCUCUUGGUGCUCUCGUUCUUAACAGGUUGAAGAUCGGACUUCAGAUUGUUGCAGUAAAGGCCCCUGGAUUUGGAGAUAACAGAAAGAAUCAGAUCAGAGAUAUUGCCAUUGCUACCGGUGCUACAAUAUUCGGUGAGGAAGGAGCCGAGUUGAAACUUGAAGAUAUCCAAGCUUCUGACUUUGGGGAGUGCGGUGAGGUCGUGGUCACUAAAGACGACACUCUUAUCCUCAACGGCAAGGGUAACAAGGAGGCACUUGAGAAGCGAGUAUUGGAAAUAACAGAAGAGCUGAUCGAGUCAAAGUCUGAGUACGAGAAGGAGAAGCUGAAUGAGAGACUUGCUAAACUCAGUAACGGAGUCGCUGUCCUCAAGAUCGGAGGAUCAAGUGAGGUAGAGGUAGGAGAGAAGAAAGACCGAGUACAGGACGCGCUCUGUGCCACACGUGCAGCAGUAGAAGAGGGAAUAGUAGUUGGAGGAGGAACUGCACUCCUCAGGUGCUCAGCGUCCGUCGAGGCUCUUACUUUCCCUAACAAAGACCAAGAAAUCGGUGCUGAGAUCAUUCUGAAAGCUCUGAGACAGCCAGCCUACCAUAUUGCUGCUAACGCUGGGGUUGAUGCUAGCAGAAUAGUAGAGCGAGCUAUGAGGGAAUCAGGUUCAGUAGGAUACGACGCUGCAAUCGGAGAGUUUGUAGAUCUUGUCAAAACUGGAGUUAUCGACCCUACCAAGGUUGUCCGAACAGCACUUAUCGAUGCCUCUGGGGUAGCUUCUCUUCUCACGACAGCAGAGUGCGUCAUCACCGACCUCGCUAAGGAUGAACCCAACCCCAUGGCUGGAAUGGGAGGUAUGGGCGGCGGAGGUAUGGGAGGUAUGGGAGGAAUGGGUGGUAUGAUGUAAACUAACUGUGAACAGUUUUUGAAACUUACGAUUAAUAUCAGAAAUGUUUGACUGAACCACAGUUGCGAGUAGUUUUUGAUGCUCGUUUUAUGUUUUUUACUUACUCAACUCUCGUGAUCUCCUAUAUGACCUUAAUUUAUUGAAAUUGUACCCUCAUUUAAGACCCGUUCAUGUUUUUAUUGAAAUUUUUAUGUUUUGAAUACAUAAA